CCACGCCAAUCUUUAUCUCAUUUUCUCCCCCCGCAGUACAGGCCAGUUGUGAAGGUGUUAAUAAUACAGGGGUAGUGUGGGGAUACAGUCGUAUACAUGACGGAGUUGAUAAAUAGCCGUGCCGCUGUCGGGGGAUCAGUGCCACAGUGUGAACAUAACGGAGGUCUAGAACAGGACUUCCAUCGCUAACCAUCUCCUUUUCUUACAUCUUCCUAUUGGUAUUUCAUUUCAUCUUCAUCAGCACUCGAAUUCGUGAGCAUGUUCAAUUUGUCGACUUCUCAACGAUGAGCUGUCGGUGUGUUGAGGAGCAUUACACAGUUCGAUCAGGUCCACUCAAAAGUAUGCGUCUAAAUACAUCGCAAAGUGAACUAUAGGAGCAAGAUAUAGCCUUAGCAUACAUAUAAAUCUAAAGAUUUUUUUUUGUGUUCUGUGCUAAUUGCCUCAACUAUUUGUAGCGAUUCUUGACAUCAAUAUUGCCAAUGGAUGAUUCUCAAGCUAGCUUCGGUCACUGACAGUGUUAGUUUUCUCUUAGUGUCAUUCAAAGAGCAAUGAAAACUGAAUCAAGCGAGAUGCUUACAAUACAUUUUAUUUAUUCGUUUUAUCUGGAAAUCUAUCUCAACCAUGUGAAUAUUUUCAAAUGAAAUAUGUCCUUAUAUUUCUGCUGAGCUAAGGCAGAUAAUUCCAAAUCGAAAUAGAAGGUUCACACGUAUCAGAAUCUACAUCGAAAUCUUUGUAAUCAAUAUUGUGGAAAUCCUCAGAGAAUGCCUCGUCCAGGGAGAAAUACGUAUGAUGAGCAGAAACCGCCGUAUUCCUACAUCGCUCUGACCGCCAUGGCCAUCCAGAGCUCUGGGGAGAAGAUGCUGCCUCUGAGCGACAUCUACAAAUUCAUCAUGGAUAAUUUCCCUUUCUACCGGAAGAACACUCAGCGCUGGCAGAACUCGCUGCGGCACAACCUGUCAUUUAAUGACUGCUUCAUCAAGAUCCCGAGACGCCCGGACAGGCCUGGGAAAGGAUCCUACUGGGCGCUGCAUCCCAUGUGCGGAGACAUGUUCGAGAACGGAAGCUUCCUUCGCAGAAGAAAGAGGUUCAAACUUCGGCAGAUGCAACUUCAGAUUCAAAUGCAAGGGGGCGCGCCCCCUUCACCCGAGCUCGUCGGGAUGAAAGCCCAGGACGCUUUAGACACAGCGGCGUACCUCCACGAGGCUGCGACGAGGGCACGACUGCAUCAGUCAUGGGCUGUAUCAUCGAGGUACCAUCCCUAUGUCCCCACGCCAGCACCGCCCACAAAACAUUCCUUCUCCAUUGAGAGUUUAAUUUCUCCAGACUAUAAAUCCCCGAGCAAUAUUCAUAUUCCUGCACCUCCCCUGCUCCCUCCUUCUCUCCCACCAUUUGCUUCUCAGUUCACAGCAGGGCUGCCUCCUAGCUUAGUGGCAUCCUAUGCAGCAAGCUUGGAUUUGUCCUCCUCCCUAGCCAACUCAUUCUCCUCAUUGUCCUCCCUGUCCUCGACGCCCUUCAGCUCCAGCUUAAUGUCGCGGUUCUCAAACAACCUAGACCUGCUCAAGUCGGCAGCUCAAGAGGCCGGCUCCUUGUCCACCCUACCCAUCAAACCUUCUCCUAUUAACCCCAUGUGUCUCAGCCAGGCGGCCGCCCAGCAUGCCGCCUUCGUUUCCAGGGUGACGGGACUCCCUGGUCACUUUAUUCCAAGCUUCACGGACAAAACUCUGGCACUGCCGCCCCCUCCGUUACCAGUCGGAUUCUCGAGGUCUCCUCCUUCCAUCCCAAGUCGACCACUGAGCGUCGAGAGCUGACCACUGACAUCCAGCCGAAUGGAUACAAAAGCUUAUAGACAGCCAACUUCAAGUUUUGUUUCGACUCGUGCUCCAGGAUUAUAGUUUUGUACUGGACAACAAUGAGAGGGAAAAAAAACCAGUUUAAAACUUUAUUUGGAUUUUUGUUUUUAAUUUGCCAAUUGAAGUUGAAGUGAUGAGCACAGUGCCAGGUGUAACACAGUCACAAUAAAGUUGGGCAAUAAGGCAACUGUUCUUAGGGUUGUAAACUGAGGGACAGGAUUUUGAGUGUGAAAUAAACAUAAAGGUUGUUUGGUUCUAAUAGUUAAUAACUUUUAAUUCAAAUGCCAUAAAAAAUGCAAUUAAAAAAUAGUAUUUAGGCAAAAAAAAAUGUCAGUGAAGAAGCCAGUAUUGAUUGACAUCAGCAACAGACGAGAAGUAGGCUAGGCUUAUAUUCACUGGCUACCAUUGUGAUAACAGACAUUUAUUGAUGUCAGAUUGUAGACUGUACACCCACUGUCACAAACAGGGUCUUAGUGGUUGGACUUUUUUGGACUUCUCUUCAUGCAGUACAGUGUUAGGUCACUUUUUCCAACCAAUGUCCUGUAGAAACUAUCAAAAAUUAUACACGAUAUAAGUGAACAGAAUGUCUAGAGAGUAAUGGGGACGAAAAUCAGCACAAAGAUAUCACAACGGACAGAGGGAUGAACAAGACUAGUGCUGAACAAGACUAGUGCUGAACAAGACUAGUGUAGAACAAGUCUAGUGUUGAACAAGUCUAGUGUUGAACAAGUCUAGUGCUGAACAACUAGUGCUGAACAAGACUAGUGUAGAACAAGUCUAGUGUAGAACAAGUCUAGUGUUGAACAAGUCUAGUGUUGAACAAGUCUAGUGCUGAACAAGACUAGUGCUGAACAAGUCUAGUGUUGAACAAGACUGGUGCUGAACAAGACUAGAAUAGCGUGCGUACAUCGUGUUAUAUUCUUUGGUGUUCUGUGUCCUUGUUAUGACGUGUAUGAAGAAGGAAGGGCUGUGCAACAUUGAGGAAAUACUGUCCCACGAGAUGUGAUAACAUUGAGGAGAUACUGUCCCACGAGAUGUGACAACCAGAACUUUGAGAAGUAUUUCUGUGUGUCAGAUACGUGUUUACUUGUCAUAUUCUGAAAUAAGAAAAUAAUGUAUAGUCAAUAAAAUAUCAUA